AUGGCGCGACGUGCCGCUGGGUCCCUGCUGCUGGUGCUCGCUGCGGUGCUUGGGGCAGAGGUGGCUUGGAUCCCAGCUGCGCAGCUUUCGUCGGCUCGCUUUUCCAGGCCGCAGCCCGGAGGCGCUCGCAGCAGCAAAGACAGGGUUGAGUCUGGUGCGCCGGCCAAG